CAUGUUGUAAAAGAAGAAAUGCAUCAUUUAGACAAGAAAAAAAACUUCACAAAGGAAAUGAAGUGAAUAAUGGCUUGUUGCAGUCUGCUUUUAUACUCCAUCAGUUCUUUUUGUGGUGGUGGGUAAUGUUUUUUCAUAAUGAGUCUUUUGGAGUUAUGUAGUCUCCUUGUAUUGCUGAUAUUGACCUACCUUUCUACAAUAUUCUCCCAAUUCAUAUUCCAUAUCCCCACCAAAUUUAGAUUACUUGUAAUUUUCCAAACAUGCCUCGAACUCUUCCAUCUCCUUAUCUUUGUUUAUGUCUUCCAACCUAAAAUAUCUCCCAGAACAGUGUUAUGGAGAGAGUAUUGGAUUAUGAGGCCUCGGAUAUAGUUUCAGCUCAAUCACUAGCUAGCUUUGUGGCCUUGGAUAAAUUCGACUUUAAUCAUUUUAGACAUUAGUUUCCAACUCUAUUUGUAUGGCUCAUUGGAAUGCUUUCCCUUCUCACCUCUACAUUCUGGACUCCUUCAAGACUCAGAUCAAAUGCUAACUUCUGCAGAAGACCUUUCCUGGUUCUUCUCUCCCACUCUAGCCUCAGAUUAUCUCCUGUUCACAAUAUAGAUAGCUUGUAUUUACAUCAUUAUCUGCAUGCUAUUUUUUUCUAUAAAUACGUGAACUUCUUUUGUAAAAGAACACAUUUUGGGUUCUUUGUAGCCAGUCCUUAGUAUAGUACCUGGCACAUAGUAAACACUUAAUAAUUAUUUCUAACGGAGUAUCUGAAGAAGUUGGACUAUAUGAUUUCUAAGGUCCUGUCUAGCUCUAUUGGUUGUUGGAUUUCUGCUCAUAGAAACCCACCUCAUGUAGGAUGUGACAUCAGUGGUGUCCCUUGCCAGAACUGUGUUCUUGUACAGAGAUCCCACAGCAUUUCGUCUCUUUGUUGGUAUCUUUUUGUUUUUACUCUUACCUUCUAUCUUAGAAUCAAUACUAUGCAUUGGCUCCAAGGCAGAAGAGCAGGAAGGGCUAGGCAAUGGUAGUUAAAUGAUUUGCUCAUGGCCACACAGCUAGAAAUUAUCUUCGGUCAAAUUUGAACCCAGGACCUCCCAUCUCUAGGCCUGGCUCUCUAUCCCCUGAGCCACCCAGCAGCCUCUUGUUGGUAUCUUUUUUUAUGACAAUUAUAUUUUGCCUUUUAUCCUAAUCAGUUGUAUACAUAUCUUAUACUACUAGAAUAGAAGGCCCUUGAAGGUGGUAACUAUGUCUGGGCCAACUUUAUAUUGACUAUAGAGCCUUGCAAAUGGACUAGGGAUAGGGAUGAGAACCAGUCCUAUGAUAUCAUCAUUACUGGGAACUCUCUCUACCAAUUCAGAUUGGCCUCUUCUCUUUAACUUAGAGUCUUAGAGAGUAGUUGAUUCUAGCAGUGGUACAAUACGCCAAUAGAAAGGGCUAAGAAGUACAGUGGAAAGAGCACUGGGCCUAGAGUCAGAAAGACCUGAGUUCAAAUCCAGCCUCAGGCACGAGCUAUGAGACCCUGGGCAAGUCACUUAACUCUGCCUCAUUUUCCUCAUCUAUAAAAUGAACUGGAAAAGAAAAUGGCAAACUGCUCCUGUAUCCUUACCAAGAAAAUCCCAGUUGGGAUCAGAAAAUGACAUGCUAUGUUUUAUCAUAUUUUUAUUUGUUUUGUUAAAUAUUUACCAAUUACCUUUUAAUCUACUUCCUGUUAUGAUCUAAGUGUUUGACACUUAUGGCUUAAAGGGCAAAAAAUUGAGUCACUUGCUCAGGAUCACAUAGCCAGCAUGUAUCAGAGACCAGCCUUGAAGUCUUCCUGGCUGCAAGGCCAGUGGCUCUCUGCUACACUAAAUGGUGAGCACUUGAUAAAUAUUUGUUGAAUGAAUGAGUGAAUUUGAGUGUAUGAAGGUGACUCAUGCCCAGUGUUACAAUCCCUACCUCUCAUGACCCACUGCUGUGCGUCUCACACACAACAAAAGGUUAUGUCUUGGGUUCCUGAGCUGGGGGUCUUCAUCCCCCAACCCAGGGAGCCUGGCUCAGCCUGGUACCUCUCUCUGCCUGGCCCCUGCUCCGGUGCCGGAGAAGCACAGCCUGGCUUGUGUCAUGGGUCAGACAACUCCUCCAUUAUGCAUGAGGGGGACCCAGUGGUGAGGAAGGGCGUGAUGGAGCAGAGUGAGAGAGGGAGGAGAGCCGAGAAGGAGGAAGGGAGGGGGAGAGUGGUUAUUAAUAAACAAGUGGUAUUGUGUAGAGCUCCAUUCACUGGACUCUCAGAGGAUGCGGUGGGCUCGAGAUAAUAAUAAUGCUCUGUUUAUGCCAGUGAGGACUGAGGAGGUUGGCUGCUGGUGGGGAGGAAUCUUUAAUUAUUCUGACUCCUCACUGGGCAGGGCUGCAGUGUUUGCUCUGUGGUCAGAGCUCAAGGGGAGAGGUGUCAGAUCUGAAUAGUUUGUUCUGAGCUUGUCUACUUGCUGGGAUGGUGGGAGUCUUGAGAGACACCUAGUUUUUCACUUCUUUCCCCACCUUCCUCACUACUUCUCCAUGGAGGGCACUCUGGAGUGGGACAAAGGAGAAUGAGAAAGAAGAUCCUGGAGCAUGCAACCUGCAGAAAAGUGAGCAGUAACAGUCAGAAGUCAGGAACUCAGGAGAGAGAAUCUAGAAAGAAGCAGACAAACCCCCAGAAAAAGUCACUUGACUUAUGUGCAGUUUGGGAAAGUGGAGUUUUCCAUCCCUCUGCUGGCCAGGACAGUGCCUCCAAAACUGCUUCAAAAAGAAGGGUGAAUGAAACAAAGAAGCUGAGCUCUCUCCAGGCAGUCCAGCUAGAGCGGCAGCAGGAGGCGGUGAGGCCCAGAGGAACGGGGAGCUGGGAUCAGGGCCCAGCGCCCAGGAUGGCUGUGGGGCCACUUCUCUGGAUCCACGUGGCUUUCAUCCUCUGGCUCUGCAGCUUUGUUGGGGCCAUUGAGGUUCCCCUGGAUCCAAACAUUCAAAAUGAGCUAUCUCAGCCCCCAACCAUCACCAAGCAAUCAGUGAAAAAUUACAUCGUAGACCCUCGGGAUAACAUCCUUAUUGAGUGCGAAGCUAAGGGGAACCCUACCCCCAGUUUCCAGUGGACACGAAAUAGUCGGUUCUUCAAUGUGGCCAAAGACCCCCGGGUGUCAAUGCUUCGCCGGUCAGGGACGCUGGUGAUUGACUUCCGGAGUGGUGGGCGGCCUGAAGAGUAUGAGGGAGAAUACCAGUGCUUUGCCCGAAACAAAUUUGGAACGGCCCUAUCCAACAGGAUCUUCCUCCAAGUUUCAAAGUCACCCUUGUGGCCUAAGGAAAACCUGGAUCCUGUAGUGGUUCAAGAGGGAGCCCCCCUGACCCUCCAGUGCAACCCUCCUCCUGGGCUGCCAUCUCCUGUCAUCUUCUGGAUGAGUAGCUCCAUGGAGCCUAUCAACCAGGACAAGCGUGUCUCCCAAGGCCAGAAUGGAGAUCUGUAUUUCUCUAAUGUGAUGCUUCAGGAUGCAAAGACUGACUACAGCUGUAAUGCCCGCUUCCACUUUACACACACCAUCCAGCAGAAAAACCCAUUCAUACUCAAGGUCCUCACCACACGAGGAGUCGCAGAAAGAACACCCAGCUUCAUGUAUCCCCUGGGCACGUCGAGUAGCCAGAUGGUGCUGAGGGGCAUGGACUUGCUACUGGAGUGCAUCGCCUCAGGGGUACCAGCACCAGACAUCGCAUGGUACAAGAAAGGUGGGGACCUCCCAGCUGGAAAAGUCAAAUUUGAAAACUUUAAUAAGGCCCUACGUAUCACCAAUGUCUCAGAGGAAGACUCUGGGGAAUAUUUCUGUCUGGCCUCCAACAGGAUGGGCAGCAUCCGGCACACGAUCUCGGUGAGAGUAAAGGCCGCCCCCUAUUGGCUAGAUGAACCCAAGAAUCUUAUCCUGGCCCCAGGUGAAGAUGGGAGGCUGGUGUGUCGGGCCAAUGGGAACCCCAAGCCCACCGUCCAAUGGCUAGUGAAUGGGGACCCUUUGGAAGCGGCACCUCCCAAUCCAAGCCGCGAAGUAGCUGGAGACACCAUCAUAUUCCGGGACACUCAGAUUGGCAGCAGUGCAGUAUACCAGUGUAAUGCAUCCAACGAUCAUGGCUACCUUCUAGCCAAUGCCUUCGUCAGUGUUCUGGAUGUGCCCCCUCGGAUGCUGUCCCCUCGGAACCAGCUCAUCAAGGUCAUCCAUUACAACCGGACUCGACUGGACUGUCCUUUCUUUGGGUCUCCAAUUCCUACCCUCCGAUGGUUUAAGAAUGGGCAGGGGAGCAACCUGGAUGGUGGCAACUACCAAGUCCAUGAGAAUGGCAGCUUGGAAAUGGCCAUGGCCCGGAAAGAAGACCAGGGUAUCUACACUUGUGUGGCCACCAACAUCCUGGGCAAAGCGGAGAACCAAGUCCGCCUGGAGGUCAAAGACCCCACCCGGAUAACUCGGGUACCUGAGGACCAAGUGGUCAAGAGAGGCACAAACGUCGUGCUGGAAUGUCGAGUGAAGCAUGAUCCCACCCUGAAGCUUACAGUCAACUGGCUGAAGGAUGAUGAGCCGCUCUACAUUGGAAACAGGAUGAAGAAGGAAGAAGAUAGCCUUACUAUCUUUGGUGUGGCUGACCGGGACCAAGGAAGCUACACCUGUAUGGCCAGCACCGAGCUUGAUCGGGACAUAGCCAAGGCCUAUCUUACUGUGCUAGCUGCUCAGGUUGUUCCAACUAACCGUAUGGCUCCCCUGCCCAAAGAGCGACCAGAUCCUCCUCGAGACCUAGAGUUGACUGACCUGGAAGAGAGGAGUGUGAGACUGACCUGGAUCCCUGGGGAUGACAACAACAGCCCCAUCACAGAGUACAUCAUACAGUUUGAAGAGGACCAGUUCCAGCCCGGUGUCUGGCACAGCCAUUCGAAACACCCAGGCAGUGUCAAUUCAGCAGUCCUCCAGUUGUCCCCAUAUGUCAACUACCAGUUCCGGGUCAUUGCGGUCAAUGAUGUUGGAAGCAGUCAUCCUAGCCUCCCAUCUGAGCGCUACAGGACCAGUGGUGCACCCCCAGAGUCCAAUCCAGGUGAUGUAAAGGGAGCAGGGUCCAGAAAGAACAACAUGGAAAUCACAUGGACGCCCAUGAACGCCACAUCUGCAUUUGGGCCCAACCUCCGCUACAUUGUAAAAUGGCGGCGGCGAGAAGGAAGGGAGAGCUGGAACAAUGCCACAGUAUGGGGCUCCCGUUAUACAGUGGUGCAGACCCCUGUCUAUGUGCCUUAUGAGAUCCGAGUGCAGGCGGAGAAUGAUUUUGGGAAGGGACCUGAACCGGACACCGUCAUUGGAUACUCUGGGGAAGAUUAUCCCAGGGCUGCACCCACUGAUGUAAAAGUUCGAGUCCUGAACAGCACGGCCAUCGGCCUUCAGUGGAACCGAGUCUACCCGGACACGGUCCAGGGUCAGCUUAGAGAGUAUCGAGCUUAUUACUGGAGGGACAGCAGCUUGCUGAAGGGCCUGUGGGUGUCUCAAAAGAGACAAUUUGCCAGUUUCUCCAGCGAUCGAAUCCGGGGUGUAGUGUCAAGCCUGUUUCCCUACAGCAACUACAAACUGGAGAUGGUUGUGGUCAAUGGGAGAGGCGAUGGGCCUCGAAGUGAAGUCAAGGAAUUCACCACCCCAGAAGGAGUACCCAGUGCCCCCAGACGUUUUCGAGUCCGGCAGCCCAACCUGGAGACAAUCAACCUGGAAUGGGAUCACCCAGAACACCCCAAUGGGAUCCUGACAGGAUACAAUCUUAAAUACCUUGCCUUUAAUGGAACCAAGACAGGGAAGGCUUUGAUUGAGACCUUCUCUCCCAAUCAGACUAAGUUCUCAAUACAGAGAGCAGAUCCUGUGUCCCGAUACCGCUUCUCACUCAGUGCCAGGACCCAAGUGGGUUCCGGAGAAGUGGUCACUGAGGAGUCGCCAGCUCCACCCAAUGAAGCUACUCCAACCCCAGCUCCCACCAUGUUGCCUCCAACUACAGUCAGUGCGACAAGUGCCGCGAGCAGUACUGAUGUUACUGCCGUAGCUACCACCGCCGCUGCCACAACUCUCCCCACUGCUGCACCUACCACUACUACCACCACUGCUGCCACCACCACCACAACCACCACCACCGUCGCUACAACUGCUUCUACUACCACUACCGCUGCCACUACUACCACGGAGAGUCCUCCAACCGCCGUGACUAAGAUACAGGACACUGCCCCCUAUGGACAGUCCAUAUGGAACUUCACGGUGAAGGCCAACAGUAAAUCGGCCAACCUCACAUGGGACCACAAUCUCGAGCCAGGAACUGAAUUUGUGAUUGAGUAUUCAUACAGCAACCAGUCAACAAAAAUUCACUCUAUUAAGACCCAGUAUUAUUCGUUGAAGGAACUCAAUCCCGGGAUUUUCUACUCGUUCCGGGUUUAUUCCCAAAACAGGCCCGCUAUCACCAGUUCCCUCGUCACUGUUCAGACUACUGAUGACUCAGCUUUUACCAGGAACCAAGUGGACAUCGCCACCCAAGGAUGGUUCAUUGGGCUCAUGUGUGCAAUUGCUUUGCUGGUGCUGAUCCUACUCAUCGUCUGCUUCAUCAAAAGGAGUGGAAGAGGGAAAUACCAAGUUCGAGAAAAGAAGGAUGUUCCCCUUGACCCUGAAGACCAGAAGGAAGAGGAUGGUUCCUUUGAUUACAGCGAUGAGGACAACAAGCCCCUGCAAGGAAGCCAGACGUCCCUGGAUGGCACCAUCAAGCAGCAGGAGAGUGAUGACAGCCUGGUGGACUAUGGCGAGGGGGGAGAAGGACAGUUCAAUGAGGAUGGAUCUUUCAUUGGCCAAUACACAGUCAAAAAGGACAAGGAAGAGACAGAAGGGAACGAGAGCUCAGAGGCCACGUCGCCUGUCAAUGCCAUCUACUCCUUGGCAUAGCUUGGCCCAUACAGACACAGCCACACCAGUCAAUGGGGGGAGGGGAGGCGGGGAGGAAAAACCCACUGCAGACCGACUACUAAACCACCACCACCCAGAGGGACGAGGGCAGGAAUGGCAAUCAGAGACGCCAGUGUCGGGGAUCAGCCGAGCCGCACGGACCUGUGACAGCCCAGCCAAAAGCAAAGCCCCUUCCCCUUCGUCUCCCCCCUCCCUCUGUCCCCCGGGUGCCAACAGGGUGAUCCCAGAGCUGGAGACCAGACCUGAGCUGAGCCAGAAGGGAACAGGUCCUGAGGCUCAGUCCAAUAACCAACCUGAGCUUUCAGGACCAGACCAUCCCUGUCCCCUCCACCUCAUCUCCAUCACACACACACGCUAUUUGGCAGCCUUUCACCCCUUAGUGUCCUUCUAAGAAGUUAGGGUACCCCUUUCCUCAUCACACUCACGUUGUCCGGGUCCUGUCCCCCCUCCCCACCACCUUUGUUCUCUUCAAAAAAGUUCCCACUUUGGUUUUUCUUUUGGAGAUAAAUCCCAAGAAGAGAAUGGAGGGAUGGCCCCUCCCCAGAGAGCAUCAAGAGACUGGCAAAAGGAUCAAUCAGCAACAGGACAGAGAAUCUCUAGUAUUCACAGGCACUUCUGGGCCCCAACAUUUUCCAAAGGAUGCCUUUCCAACCAUACGUGUGCCGCCCCAUUGCCCCACUGUCCCCCCCUCUUUGGCCUUUGUCUACACCUCCCUGGGCCUGGCUUCUUUCUGCAAAACAACAGUAUUUUUUGACAGAGAGAGUCUCAUGACUCCCUCUGUCUCCUGUUGGGAGUUGGGCAUACCACUCCCUUAUGACAUGGGGGUCCCCUGCCCUCCUCCAAAUGUACUGAGUCCCCUUUAUCCUGAUGAAGAGGUCUUAGCCCGCAGGAGCCAGACAGUGGUGCUUGAAUGAAAAGGUCUUUGACUCCUGUGACCAGGCCUCUCUAGAUAGAUGUAAACCUAGGCCUGCAUACCUGAGGAAGGUAGGAAUGUUUGGGCCUAGAGAAGGGACAAAGGGAAGCAAGUUCUGGACUUGGGCUUCCUUCCUCUUCCCCCUCUUAAAACUCCAUAUUGGUCAAAAGAGUGGAAGGACAACAAAGACCAAGAUUUCCAGGAUAACCCUUGACCCAAAGGUAGAUGAGAAGGAUUCCAACAUGGCGCCCCUGAAAAAGACUGGACCUUGUCCCAAGCAGAACAUCACAUCUAAGCUUUGCCAGUUCGAGGACUGUGAGAUAACUCUUCUUGUUUCCUCUCGAAUGCACCCGAUAUCAUCUCCAUGCUCCCGGGUCGGGAGGAUAUCUGCUCCAGACGCAUACUCUACCAUGUCUCGUGGAUGGUGGUCACUGGUGGGUUUCUGAAAGGCCUCAGCCACAAGUCUGUCCCCCCCAAGACCAAACUGGUAUUAUCCUUCUGUUGGGGUACUUACAUAUCUGAAGACUCUAAGGUAACAAUACUAACCACUCUGCCCAGAUAGGAAUCCCUCCCUCUCGCUGCGAUGUUCUUCCUAUGCCUUACCUAGCUCCCGGCUGUCCUUGGAGUUCUGGCUGCAAACCCCAGGCCCCCCGAGGCAUCAGACUCAUGGAGAAUCGGCCACCUAUGCAAUGCUUCACAGCAGAAGAAGACAUGACCACUCAGCGCCAACUCCGGACCUCUGGUGAGUGGAGCUGUUUUCCCACCAGCAGUACUGAGUGAUGGUGCUGCCUUCAUGGUCCCCGCCGAGUGCAUUUUAAAAACCAAAGUUCCCUAGCCUGUGUGCGAGAGAUGGCCAGUGCUGAGCUGUUCCAGAGCCCGAGUGUCUCCGAAGGACGUCGCUAUUUCACCCAUCGUGGAUUGUGUACUGUAGAGUAGCUUGAAUUGGUCACUGGUCGAAGGGCCUCGAUGGUGCCAAGGCUCAGCCCUCCAGAUCCAUUGUUUCUCAGUGACAUUUGCCACAUCUCCAAGGCCCAAAGGUAUUAACAGCAAAACUACAUUGCAUUAUGUGAAAAUCAUUCAAAUGAGGCUUGAACUGCCCUGUGCAACGAGGGAAGCAGGGAGACAUCCCAGAGAGCCAGGCUGGGUGCAUGAUUCAAGCUGGAGAGUGAGGAGAUGCCCCUUGGACCAGACAGUUCUGUUUUGCAGGAAGAUGCUCUCUGGUGUUGAAAUGAGGCAGAGUCAAAGGCUGGGGGAAGCUAGAUGGUGCUCUGCUGGGCCUGGAGUCAGGAAGACCUGAGUUCAAAUGUGACCUCAGACACUAGAUGUGUGACCCUGGGCAAGUCACUGAACCCAAUUUGCCUCAGUUUCCUCAUCUAUAAAAUAAGCUGGAGAAGGAAAUGGCAAAUAUCCCCAAUAUCUUUGCCAAGAAAACCACAAAUGAGGUCGACAAAGUGUCAGGCACUACCGAAACAAAUGGCCAUCCAAAAAAAAAGGGGGUGGGGAAAGCAAGUCCAGGACCUCCAUUGCAGGCAGCAGGCACGGAGAACUCCAAAGGGAAGGCUGUCUUCCUCUAAAGGGACGCGUCCCCAGUUAGACUAUUCAUGAACCUUUCCAGCGAGGACCUCGAGGGAAGGAAAGCCUAAACCUCCUUUGGGUCCCCUGUUCUAGUAUUCCGACAACCUUGAUUUUCCUGACUGCAGAGGCAAUAAAGGUGCUGCCCCACUCAGAAUCGUUUGUAAGAUGCCUGGCCAGGUUGGGGCUUCAGCCUGCUGCUGGGGAAGCAAGUGUUCUCUCCGUCGCCAGCUGACUGACCCAGGCUUCAUGUGCUUUAUCAAAUGCACCAAGUACACGGCUCACUGGAGGCAGGCAGGUCACCUGCAGUGUGGGCAGCUGCCUCUGGGAAGCAGAGCACAGGGAUCGCCCGGCCACGUACAGGCCCCUGCUGACAGCAGCCGACAAAUAGUAUUGGCCCCGCUUCACUGCUGAGCUGAGGCCUUCCAGCAACCACCAGAAGGCCCCGCUCCGGCCGGUGCCGGGAGUUCGGAGAAACCCACCAGGUGCUUGAGCCUGCCGGUCUGGCUGGGACGGGCGACGGGGCGAGGGGCGGCACAGCUGCUCGUCCUGCCAGGGCUUACUCCCUCCUUUGGCCACGUCAGAAGGCUCUCCUGUCAGCAGGCUGUUUAUCCUCACCUCCAGACCACUAGGGAUGUCACUUCCUCUGUCUUUGAACUAAGUGGGUAUUGGCUUGUCGACCACAGUCCAUCUUGGGAGAGCUAAAUGGCUCUUUGGCUGCAAGCCUCGGGGAAGAGCCCAAAGAGGACGAGCUGGGCUCCUUGUUAAGACAAACUUGAAGGUGACCGGAAGAGUGGGUGUUGGUGGGACUCCUGGGCUCCUCUCCUCCAGGAAAUGUCCGGCCACUUUGGUCAAGCGGAUAAACCUCGGUGUGCCUCCCCCUUCCCCCACGGGACUUCAGAGGCAAUGACUAUGGGUACCAUAGGGACAGGGGUACAGAUUUGUUCCUUCUUCUGUCUCCCAGCCUCCCCACGGAAAGCUUCGUGUUCUUUAUCUUUCUUUUCUUUUUUACUGGACGAUGUGUGAGGAGGGAAGAAGAGAUGGAGGCGUCUGAUUUCUCGUGUCUUGUGUUUUCAUUGAGGUCAAGCCAAAAGGAGAGCCAGGCUUAAAAACAGGCUUAACUCAUUCCAGGGCUCUGCCCAUCCCAGCGAAGUGUUCAGUCUGUUGAGAUGAGGCUGUUAGCCCUCGCAUCCCAGCUGCCAAGGGCAUCAUCCACGGCCCACGUGGGAAGAGUAGGGGCCCGAGAAGCCGCGGGAUCCCAGGAGAGUUGAUCCGUCCGUUCUGUAUGAAUUGACCCCAGUGGAUCAGAAUCCUUCGCCAAUACUCAAAUCUUCCGGGGACAUACGGUACAUUUGCCCAAAGCCUGGAUGUCAAAUUGGCCUCCAGGUUUCCUGUGAGCUUCAGCCCCAGCCAACACGUUAGCCAGUACUGCUACGAUAGGCCCCUUUUCUUCCCACAUCCUCCCUUCUUCCAAAAACAUACAGACAGAUACAUAGAAACCCGAAUAAACUCAGUUCAUAAGACAGCACCAGAAGGGAGUUCAGAGAUCGUCUCAUCUGAGACUCCCAUUGUACAGAUGAGCAAAUCGAGAGGGAAGCCUUGCCUAACGGAUCACAGCGGCUAACCCCAGAGCUUCUAGAUGUCUAACCCAGGAUUUCAGGGACCCUACGAUCCUGACUGGUUCCAGAGCUUUUCUCCACCAGACCCUCACACAAACCUUUUUGUUAACCCCUCUCCUGGGUGCUGGAGGAGUAGCAGGUGUUCACAGAGCACAGGCCCUACCUUCUGCAUAACCUUGUUUCGGGGAAGUGUGCCUUCGAGAGGAGCAGGGCAUCAUGGCAAGACUUUCCGGGUCUACGGGACAGAGACGCAGCACGGGGGAUGGAUGAGGCAAAGACUUGAGGAGGGGUAGACAAGGACUCGAUGCCGGGCGGGCUCUGGGGCAGCCCUCACCUCCUCCUCCGGAAGGACCACUUUGUACUCCGCGACAGCCCUUGCAGGGCCCCCAGACUAAUGUGCUCUCUCCUACCUAAGAGCAGUGUUUCCCGAGAGUUUCAGGUGCCCCAGGACCCAUGCCCUGCUCCCAUCGCAUCAGUAUUAUGUGGCUACUCUAUCCGAUGGGCAGAGAUGAAGAGUGCCAGCUUCGCCUCAUUUGAAGAAGCCCUUUAUUGGCCAGACAUUUCCUACCUGAAUGGACUUUCCCUUCCUGAGGAUGGAUCGCAGAUAGGAGGCUUCUGCUUCUGGGGAUCCGAUUUUCUUCUUUUCUGACUCACGGCCGAGCCCCCCCAACCUUACAUUUGGGAACCCUCCCAGGACAACCGAAGAGAAUGACUAUGUAUGUAGAAUGGCCUGAAGAGGAAGAGGAACAGGUCCUUUGGCUUCAUCCACGACAUUGGGGUUCAGGCUACGGUGCCACCCAGCAGGAUGGCAUCUUUCGUUCUGUUCCAUAUCAUUAGACAUUACACUCCACGCCUAGGCCUCCAGCCAUCCUUUGCUUGUGCCAGCAGGGAGCUGGAGGGCAGCGGGCUGUCCUGCAUUGGGGCCACUCCAGCCGGUCAGCACAAGACAAAAAGACUUCAGUUAAGCAAUAAACACAAAAAUCUGGGGAAAGAAAUUCAGAGUUUUGUGUACUUACCAACCCUUUUCUUUUCACAAAUAAACAGACACACACAAGCAAAAAUGGAUGAACCUGCCCCUGUGUCUUUUUCUGCUCCCGGAAGAUUUCCUCAGUCAGUGUUGUCCCUCUGCCCAGCUACCCAGCUCUUUGCCAACUUCUCCAUGAGCUCCUCUUGUUUGGAGUACCAGUCACUGGUCACAGGGCCUGUUCUAGUCUGCACUGGUCCCUGCAAUCCUCGCUGUCCCCUCUCUGGUCCCUGCCCCUACCCUGGAGCCUCGGGCUUCUCUUUCUCUCCACGCCUUUGUACCACAAGUUCUCAUUGGUUCUUGGUUGAGGGAGUCUCCCACUCUCUUCCAUCUGUCUGGUCUUUUUUUCAUUCAUUAAAUAUUUAACCUUCCAUGGCAGACCUCAUUUUAACGCCUCUCACAUACACACAUUUUCCCCCCUUUUUGUGAGUUAUUUUGCAUUAACCAACUUUGUCAGCAAUAGAUGAGUAUCAGAGGCUGUCACGAGUGACCUACAGCAGGGAAGAUUUCUGGGCCAUGGAGAACCGUUUAAUUCAUGGACUUAUAAACUGACUGCAUGAGCAAUGAAAAGGCCAAAUUAUUCAGAUUUUUUUUGGAAUCACUGUAAAAAAAAAAACCCAACUGAUUUUUUUUGUAUAGAGAACACUAAACGUAUAAUAAAAGUUGUUCAAAACCAA